CAACUGUAAGCGGGAAAGAGUCGACGAUCACGUGACGCGGCGGCCAACAUGGCGGCGGAGGAGAGCCAUAGCUAAGUAACCAGAAUCCUCCUGCUGAGCGGAGCAAACACCGGGGAGUUUAUCCACGUUUUCAGAGGACCGACGUUAAAUUUCCUGAUUCCUGCUGUGCAAUCAAGCCCUGAAGCUGCAAGAUGCCGGGAAAAAGCAGCGACCAGUUUAAAGCUGGAGACCUGGUGUUCGCUAAGAUGAAGGGUUUCCCUCACUGGCCUGCCAGGAUCUGCAAAUCAGACCGCGGCUACAAGAAACGAAUCCCGGUCUUCUUUUUCGGGACCCAUCAGAUAGGCAGCCUGCCGCCUGAGAACGUCGUUCCUUACAUUGGAAACAAGAUGAAGUACGGCAGCGGAGUUCGCAUUAAAGGCUUCGCUGAGGGAAUGUGGGAAAUCCAGAACACUCCUGGAGUCGGCAGUAAACUCAAAGUACCAGGAAGAACCAACGCCCAGACUACACCUGCUAAACAGACUUCUGCAAACAGAACUAAACCCACUUCUGCCUCUAAAGCUACACCUGUUAAAUCAGCUUCUACAUCUAAAACUACACCUGCUAAGUCAGGUUCUACAACUGAAACUACACCUGCUAAGUCAGGUUCUACAUCUAAAGCUACGCCUGCUAAAACUUCGAAUGACAUGCGGAGAAGCUCGUCUGCUCCCCGUAAACCUGAACAUGACAGUAAAUCAGCUGCUGAAACAGAAACUCCUGCUAAAACGGCUACUAGAGCGUCAUCCAGAUUAGCUCCAGAUAAAACUACAGAGUCCAAACAGACUUUUACAGAUGUUACAGAAACUGCUGUUACGGCAAGAAGCAGAAGAGCAGCAAGCCGAGGAUCUGCAGGAGCGAGUGCAGGUUCUGCAGAGGACAGAAAAGAGAUACCAGCAGGUGAAGCCAUCAGUAAACCUGCUGCUGAAACAAGUAUAGCUGCAGUGAAGACAGAAACUCGAAGCACUCGAAGAUCUCCAGCAGAGGAACCAGAACCUUCAGCAGCUUCCAGCUCUGCAGAGGCUGAAUCUGCUGCUACGACCAGGAGCAGAGCAGCAGAGUCCAAGCUAACAUCACUGCAGGUGGACACAGAAGCUGAGCAAAAGAAGAAGAAAACGGCUGCCGUUUCUAUGGCGGCGACUGCAGGAGAGAAGAGGAAGAAAGAGGAGGAGAACCGAGGGGUGAAGAGGAAGAGAGAAGAGAACGACGAGGAGAAUAAAAGAAAUCUGGACGUCAGAGAAGAACAGAAAGAGGAGACGAAAUCAGAGAGACGAACUUCAAAAAGGAAAGAAGAGGACGAAGGAAGAGAAGAGAAGACAACUUCAGAGAGACGAACAUCUCGACGACAACGAGAAGAGAAAGAGGACGAAGGAAGGGAAGAGGAGAAGACGAGUUCAGAGAGACGAACAUCUCAACGACAAAGAGAAGAGAAAAAGGAUAAAGGAAGGGAAGAGGAGAAGACGAGUUCAGAGAGACGGACAUCUCGACGACAACGAGAAGAAAAAGAAGACAAAGGAAGGGAAGAGGAGAAGACAACUUUGGAGAGAUGGACAUCUCCACAACAGCGAGAAGAAAAAGACGAGGAGAAAAGAGACAGAAUAGAAAAAGAGGAGCAGAAACCGACACAAGAUGGAGGCGAAGGAAACCAAGUGAAGAGGAGGAGAGAGUGGAGGAAGAGAGAAAAUGAGGAGAAGAAGAAACCGAGGAAGGAAGAUGAGGAAAUGAAGAAAGAGGAGAGAGGAGAGGAGAGCCACAGAACAAAGAGGAAGAGGGAGGAAGAGGAGAAACCGAAGCAGGAAGAGGGCGUGGAGGUGAAGAAGAAAAAGAAGAAGAAGAAGAAGAAGAAGGAUGGAGGAGACAAGGAAGGAAAGGAGAGAGGAGGCAAAUCUGUAGACGAAGAGCGACAGCGCCACCUGGCGGAGAAGAGAGAGAGUCUGUUGAGGUCUCUGAGGGGUCUACUGAAGGGCGGCCGAGGAGCAAAGAGGAGGGAGGCGAUGAGGAAUGCCACGAGAGUCGGAGAUCCACCCAAGAAGAAGACGGAAACUCAGAGGACCUCAGAGAAGACGAGCAGGAAGACGGGAACCUCCAUCAGCCAGAAAACACCAGAGAAGAAGGAGGAGGAACAAGAGAAGACGAGUCAGACGGCAGUGGAGGUGAAGGAGAAGGAGGCGAGAGGAGAAGACGAGAAGAAGAACGAAGAAAAGAAAGAGGAGAGGAGAAUCAUCGGGAAGAUCGUGAAGGCAACAGCCGGACAGGGAACGAAGAUCCAGGUGAAGAUGGGAGGAACGACAGUAACAACAGAGGAGGAGAAGAAGAAGAGGGAGGAGGAGAAGAAGAAGAGGGAGGAGAAGAAGAAGGAGGAGAUGAAAGAGAGGGAGGAGGAGGAGGAGAAGAAGAAGAAGAAGAUGGAGCAGAAGAAGAAAGAGGAGGAGAAGAAGGUGGAAGAGGAAAAGAAGAAGAAAGAGAGAGAGGAGGAGAAGAAGAAGAAAGAGAGGGAGGAGGAGGAGAAGAAGAAGGUCGAGGAAAAGACGAAGAAAGAGAGGGAGGAGAAGAAGAAGAAGAUGGAGGAGAAGAAGACAGAAGAGAAGAAGAAGAAGAAGAGAGAGGAGGAGGAGAAGAAGGUGGAAGAGGAAAAGAAGAAGAAAGAGAGGGAGGAACAAACGAAGAAGAAGAUGGAGGAGAAGAAGACAGAAGAGAAGAAGAAGAAGAAGAGAGAGGAGGAGGAGAAGAAGGUGGAAGAGGAAAAGAAGAAGAAAGAGAAGGAGGAGGAGAAGAAAGAGGAGAAGGAGGAUAAAGACAAGAAAAAGAUGGAGGAAGAGAAGAAGAAGACGAAGGAGGAGGACAAAAAGAAGGAGGAAAUGAAGAUGGAGAGGGAGAAGAAGAAGAAGGAGGAAGAAGACAAAAAGAAAGAGGCAAAGAAAAAGAUGGAGGAGAAGAAGGAGGAGAAGGUGGAGGAGUUGAAGAGGAGCUUGAGAGGCAGCGCCGGAGAGAAAAAGAAAUCUGAAGAUGCAACGACGAAACAAAGCUCAGAGGCCGAGAGGAAAUCAGAAAGAACGAGAGCGACGACCGGGGACGGGAAAGACAAGAACGCAACGGAGGAAGAGAAGAAGAAAGACGAGGAGAAGAAGAGCUCAGAGGAAGAGAAGAAGAAGAAAGAUGAGAAUAAAGUGGAGGAGAAGAAGAAGAGCUCAGAGGAAGAGAAGAAGUCUGAAGAUGGGAAAAGAGUUGCAGGCAGUGAGAGCAAAUCAGAAAGGACGAGAGCGACGGCUGAGGACGGUGAAGAAAAGAAUGCAACGGAGGAAGAGAAGAAGAAGAAAGACAAGAAGAAGAGCUCAGAGGAAGAGAAGAAAAAGAAAGACGAGGAGAAGAAGAGCUCAGAGGAGGAGAAGAAGUUUGAAGAUGGGAAAAGAGUCGAGAGGAAAUCAGAAAGAAGGAGAGCAGCAGCCGAGGAUGGGAAAAACAAGGAAGGGAAGAACAAGAGCCAAACGGAGGACGAGAAGAGGAAGAAGACGAGUGGAGCUGAUGAGACGAAAAGAGGAGAAGAGCAGAAAGAGGAGGAGAGGAAGAACAUGACGACCAGAGAGCAGAAGAAGAAAGAAAAACCCAACGGGGAAUCACAAGAGAAGAAGAGCGACAAAACGGUGGCAGAUGAGAUGAAGAAAACGGGCGCAGAAGAGUCAAAACCGCAGAAGAAGAGCAGCGACGGCGACAGGAGGAGCAGAGCCGAGUCGUCGGUCGAAUCCACCACCGAAGAAGAAGCGGAGAAGAAGAGCGUAGAAGAAGGCGGUAAACCAGAGAAGAACAACUCAUCUGUGUCGCUGACGGACUCAACUCUGCACAGAAUCCAUGGAGACAUCAGGAUCUCUCUGAAGUCCGACAACCCGGACGUGUCCAGGUGUCUGACGGCGCUGGAUCAGCUGAGCAUGGUUUAUGUGACGUCGCAACAUGUUCAGAGACACAGCGAGCUGGUGGCCACGCUCAGGAAGAUGCGCUACUACCGGGCCAGCGAGGCCGUCAUGGCCAAGGCCUCGAUGCUCUACAACCGCUUCAAGAACGCCUUCCUGGUGGGAGAAGGAGAGGAGGUGGUGAGCGCCGCCUUCCUCAGGUCGCUGCUGCAGGAGAAGGAGAAGGAGGAGCAGCAGAGGGUGGAGCGGCUCCGGAGGGAAGAGCUGCUGGACGAGGUGAGGAGGAGGAUGGAACAGCUGAAGGAGAAGAAGAGGAGGGACGACGAAGAGCAGGACGAUGAAGAGCAGGACGACGAAGAGAAGGACGAUGAAGAGCAGGACGAUGAAGAGAAGGACGGCCAGAAGGACGAUGAAGAGCAGGACGAGGAAGAGCAGGACGACGAAGAGAAGAACGAUGAAGAGAAGGACGAUGAAGAGAAGGACGACCAGACGGCAGCUCCAGUGGACUCUUCCUGAAGUUCUCCUGAAGCAACUAGACUGAACCACGUCAGACCUGCGGGGGGGAGAACAGCUGAACAACAUGUUUACCUCGACAGACUGUUUUAUUUAUUGUUUUAUUUAACGUCAGCAUUAAAUCUGAGCUCUGAAUGGUUAAAGUCCAGCCUCACCUGGACUCACCUGUUCCACCAUUUACCUGCUGCAGACUGGACUACAGUUAACGUUGGACUUUGUUUUAUUGUUUUUAUUGGUUUUCUUUCCGUGUGACGUCAGACUGAAGCAUUAAACUUUGUGUAAAACUUUGUACAGACAGAUUUUAUGGUUUUAUUGCUUUUAUUUCUGUUACUGAUUAAAGGUUUUCAUCGUUUCUACAGACGUCUGGUUGUUUUCAGUGUGAGAAAAGUGUUUUUAUUUUUGUUUUUUAAACCUCCCGGCAUUAAAGUCGUUUCUUUAAAAAGA